CGAUUCAAGGAGAACCUAUUUGUUUACAUAGAUCCGAAGUUGAAAUAUUUUCAGUUUCUCUGACAUCUUUUGGUUUCAAAAUUAGCCAGGGACUUUUUACUAUUUAAUAACUUACAAACAGUGAAAAGCCUUUCAAUUGUCUUGUUUAGUUAGCUCUCUGGAGCAGGUUUUCCGCUUACUUCGAGGGUAGCUCGAUGUUAGCAGCAAUCUAUCGCUUGCUAUGCAUUUCACGAUGGACGACAGACUAUAAAAUUUGACCUCCGAUGUUAUAAACAAAUUGAAAGGUUGUUAUUUGCAGGUUUACAAAAAUGGAUAUCAGUCUAACAAUUUCCCUAAUGCGGGGACAGAUGGGUACCGUGAUAGAGAGAGCGGUUAGUGCCGCUGUUGAGACGGUGUUGGGAGAGAUGCUUAGAGUGGUCGGCAUUAAAUUCGACGAGCUGAAGAUGGAGGUAGUAGCUAAAGAGAAAGAGGCGGAGAACAUAAGACAGAUGCUGGAGAUAUCCCGAUCUCAGAUGAAGACCAUGCGGAAACACAUGAACGCUCUGGGUGAGAACGCGCACUCUGCCACUUAUCAGACCUACCGGACAGCAUUCGGCCAUUCUGAUCCCCGCAGAAUUCACGGUUCCUCCGAGGCCGCACUGUCCUCGGGUUUACCACAGCCGCCGAGAAGGACGGUUCCAAACAACAACCAAAUUCCCACUACAAAUGGAAACGUACAGGCAAGGAAUCGAGUCACCAUCACCAUACCCUCUGAGAAUAUGGUCAGGGCUACCCAGCCCUCUGAUAAUUUGGUCAGGGCCACCCAGCCCUCUGAUAAUUUGGUCAGGGCCACCCAGCCCUCUGAUAAUUUGGUAAGGGCCACCCAGCCCUCUGAUAAUUUGGUCAGGGCCACCCAGCCUUCUGAUAACUUGGUCAGGGCCACCCAGCCUUCUGAUAACUUGGUUAGGGCCACCCAGCCUUCUGAUAACUUGGUCAGGGCCACCCAGCCCUCUGAUAAUAUGGUAACCGUUAGGGCAACAUCAACAUCCUUUGACAGUCAUGAUGAUCUGACAACUGUGAUCUCCCAGACUCCGGAGGACCGGACAUUGACACCCACUGUCUCUGCAAUGAAUAGUUCAUCAGAGCAUCUGGAACCUUUGAAAGAGGAGCCCCCAGCCCUCCUAGACCCCGAGGUGUCUGAUGAGAGCCAGAGGAGGGAGGAGGAAGAAGAAGAGUGUCAGGCUGAGUGGACCAUAAGUACACAGCCACCAGAGACAAGCACAGACCCUGGGGCCCAGCUGGUCCUCUCCCCUCCCAGGAUUGAUGGAGCAGACUGCUCUGCCAGGAAUGUACUGCCAUCCUCCCAGCCCCUGUCCCAGUUCCAAGUGAAAGAGGAGGAAGCUGAGGUGGAGAUCAUCUGUAUCAAACAGGAACCAGAGGAGGUGGAGACCCUGCUGAUAAACCUGGCUGCCGAAGGCUUCAACUCUCAGGGCAACCUUUUAGAUCGGCAGAUUCAGGGCAACCUCGUCCUGGACAGUCAUAGGACCAUCCCAGGCUCUCAACGCCAGAGGGAUAGGAGAGCACCCUGUCCACCACAGAGCCAGAGGACCUUAGCAGAGAAUACACCCUUCACCUCAGCCAACUCUUGUUCAUAUGGGAUGUCCCAGGCAGUGAUGUCCAUGUCAGGAGUUGCUCCCAGGCCCAUGGUGCGUCCGUGGCCCAAGGACCUGAGUCUGUACGAGGAGUUUAAAAUGAGACGAACUGAGCUGAGGAGGAGGAGCCAGACCCGUCAGAGGGAGAUGGAGAAGAACCUUCCCCAGCCUCUAUUAGCUGACCUGGUGAAGGAGAGACGGGAGAAGACCCGGCUCAGAGUGGCCCGCUGGAGAGCCAAGAGGAAGCUGCAGGCCUGUCUACUGACUCAGAUGACCCAACAGACACAACACCAACCGACUGGCCCGGGACUGAGCCAGGGGAAUAGUCUGAACAGUGGGCUGGGGAAUCAUAGCCAGAUUAGCCACCACACACAACACAAAACCACAGGCCCCACUCAGACUCCGCAGAGGAACAGUGCUGCCAUCUCUCAAUCGCAGUACAAUAACAGCUUUUUGUACAACAGAAGUCACUGUGAGACUGGGGCUGGUAACAUUAACUACCCUCCUCUCCAGUUCAACUCCUCCUCUCUAAUGCUGGGGCAACAUGGAGGACACAGUAUGGUGGAGCACAUUAUGCAGCCAACAAUGACAUCAUCCUCACAGCAGGGCCUCUCCCUGACAGACUCUGAGCUCUACCAGUAACAAGGGAUCAUGGGUAUUCAAAUCUUACCCAACAAGUUCUGGAUUACUGCUGUUUUUUUGUUUGUUCUACCUGAUAAUGAAUUACACCCACCUGGUGUCCCAGGUCUAAAUCAGUCUCUGAUUAGAGGGGAAUCCCCCACCUGGUGUCCCAGGUCUAAACCAGUCCCUGAUUAGAGGGGAAUCACCCACCUGGUGUCCCAGGUCUAAAUCAGUCCCUGAUUAGAGGGGAAUCCCCCACCUGGUGUCCCAGGUCUAAAUCAGUCCCUGAUUAGAGGGGAAUCACCCACCUGGUGUCCCAGGUCUAAAUCAGUCCCUGAUUAGAGGGGAAUCCCCCACCUGGUGUCCCAGGUCUAAAUCAGUCCCUGAUUAGAGGGGA